CUUUGAUGUUACGCAACAUCUCGUCACACUUCUUCAGCGACAAUUAUUGAAGACCUCCAAGAUACGCAUCGACCCCUGGUUAUUUCGAAUUCCACAUUCAACAUGCAGGUGCCACUUCUCCGUUUGAAAUGCGGUUGCAAUAGUUAUGAGUGGGGACGAGUCGGCAAAGACUCCUCUGCCGCGCGGUUCGCCUCUGCAACCAACUUCACAGUCCAAGAGGAUAAGCCAUAUGCCGAGCUAUGGAUGGGUACCCAUCCCUCCAACCCCUCAUAUGACUUGGAAACUGGUCGCUCGCUUCUAGACAUGGUCCAGGAUAAUCAAGCCUUGCUGUCACAAUCCGUGUCGAAACGCUACAACCAGAAACUGCCAUUCCUCUUCAAAGUGCUCAGUAUCAGCAAAGCAUUGAGCAUCCAGGCCCAUCCCAACAAGAAACUGGCUGAAAAGCUACACUCAAAGGACCCCCAGCAUUACCCCGACGACAACCACAAGCCCGAGAUGACCAUUGCAAUAACUCCCUUUGAGGGACUCUGCGGCUUCCGCCCGCUCGCCGAGAUCGUCCACUUCUUGCAGACUGUACCCACUCUGCGGCAACUGGUUGGAGAGCAAGCGGCCAAAGAUUUCGAGUCUCAAGUCGAGCAGGGUGGUGACGUUGAGAAGAACAAGCAAGCUUUGCGCGCUGCUUUCACGUCUCUGAUGGAGUCCAAGCCCGAAGACAUUGAGAAAUUCGCUCCCCAGCUCAUCCAGCAGGCCAAGGACGAGGGUUCCAAAUUCGCUGGUGGCGGUGUUGCAGCGUCCUCGGGUAAGGAGCUGAGCGAGUUGAUGAUCAGGCUCAACGGUCAAUUCCCCAAUGACAUUGGCUUGUUCGUCACCUUCUUCCUCAACUUCGUCAAGCUUGAAGUUGGAGAGGCCAUGUUCCUCAAAGCCGACGACAUCCACGCUUAUCUUUCCGGAGAAGUCAUGGAGUGUAUGGCCGCGUCUGACAAUGUGGUCCGCGCCGGCUUCACUCCCAAGUUCAAGGACGUGCCUACGCUGAGCUCCAUGCUCACGUACUCUUACGCGCCCAUCGAGGAGCAGAAACUGCAGACGACCGACUACCCAUAUGCGAAGCUGAACGCGACAGCCUUCAAAUCCGACUCCUCCUGCACUCUUUACGACCCACCGAUUGAGGAGUUUGCGGUCAUCCGCUCCGUCCUUGGCUCUGAUGGCAGCAAGGUCACAUUUGAGCCCAUUGAAGGCCCGUCCAUUGUGAUUUGCACGGGAGGCAAAGGAAAGAUCAGUGUCGGGCCAAAGUCAGAGGAGCUGAAGGAGGGCUUCGUGUACUUUGUUGGAGCCACAGCCGAGCUGGUUUUGGAAAGCGAUGGCAACGAGCCGCUCGUCACCUACAAGGCUUUCUGCGAGCUGGAAGAGACGGUGACGAACGGUGACAGCCGUGGGCACCUAUGAUUGAGUCUGAGUUUGGACUUUCGUGGACGCCAUCGAGUGAUGAAAUUGCAUUGAUUAGCACCGUCAAUAUAGAGCCCGCCAUCUCCAGAAGACCGUUGGAAAGGGUCCUUCUCCGCUAAACCCGCCGCCACCCGCACCGGGGCAGACUAGCCCCAAUAGUCUAGCUCGCAGUCGUCCUGGCGAUCUGCUAUGGGGGUCUAAUUUGCUCUGCGACACUCCUAACC